AUGUCGACCUUUACGUACGACGAGAAACUUGCCCUCAACGAGAUUCGACUAAUUCAGCUCUUUCCGGGAGAAUGGCUCGACGACCUUGAAGCUAGACUAUAUGUGGCCGAUCGAAGUCAUAAGUACCAAGCCUUGUCCUAUGCAUGGGGAAGUUCGAAGCGGUCAAACCAAAUCACGGUCAACGGCAAGAUCCACAAGAUCACAUUCAACCUGGACAGGGCCUUGCGUGCUGUUCGAAGACAGACAGAGCAAACCACUCUCUGGGUUGACUCCAUAUGCAUCGACCAAGAUGAUGCUGCAGAAAAAGGCCACCAAGUUGGCUUGAUGCACGAUAUCUUCGGCUCGGCCUCUGAAGUCACAGCCUACGUCGGAGAUGGCCUAGAUCGAAGCCGCAAGGACUACUCACGUCGUUUUGAGAAACUGGGAGAGAAACCCUUGACGGAUCUCAGGAAUUUGGACAUCUUGAAUUCGGAUCAUACCUGCGAGAAGCACUGGGAUACGCUGAAGAACUCUAAGCCUGGAUCGCUCACGGAACAUGAAGAGAUCUUGUGUCUUUAUAGCCUCUUUGCAUUAUUAUACUUCAACAGUUACGACAUAGAACGAAACCUCAGUGAGUCGCAGCUACAAGUGAUUAUCGAAAGGAUGCGCCUUUUUGCGACAAGCGACUGGUGGAGUCGGAUGUGGAUUGUGCAAGAGGCCUGCGUCGCUCGACGGCUGACUAUGGCUUACGGCCGUGCUCUGCUUCCAUUUCACUACGUCGAGUCAGCCCGAAUGCAUUUGCAGUCACCCAAGAUCAACCAUCCAGAGCUUACCAGAGUUAUUCGCUUCCUGGCCGGCAGAGUAGAUGCGAUCAGUCCUGCUCGCCGCUUGAGAGAGGAGGAAGAGGAGACAAUCGUCGGAGCAACUACAAGCAGCUCUCUGCUGUGGCUUCUCAGAAGAUUCCGCCAUCGCAAAUCCUCGGAGCCGCGAGACAAGAUCUUCGCUCUCCUCAAGCUUGCUGAGGACAUGAAAUCGAAACGGCCAUUUCUACACAACCGGCUGAGCAUCCAGGCUAAUUAUGAGGAUGAUGUCAGUGAGCUCUUCUCUCACGCAACAUUUGAGAUGAUCCGCCACACCGGUCUGCUCUGGAUGACGACACCAGACUUGCUCUCCAAGAGCCGCAUCGAUAUUCCUUCUUGGGUGCCAGAUUGGUCUUCCGAGCACAUGGCUUCUGGUUUCAAUCAGAGACGAUAUCGUCUCCAAGAGGAAGCGUCCUUGGGAUUCAACGCAAGUCGUGCACGGUUUUGCCACCACCCGUUGAACUCAGAGGAUCGAAUUGAGAACUUAUUUCCCCGACAACACCUCGAAGGCCUGCUCAAUGACAACAUAGCCGAAUGGAAGCCUGUUCAUUUCCUACCCACUAUGAUCAAAUAUACCUCGAGCCCGCCGUUUGAAGAGCACAGACAGCAGUCUGCCUUGAUUCUGAAAGGUGUAUCUUGCGGCGUCGUUGACAUUACCAGCCAGGUCAUUCGCAGUGAUCUCUCAAACGUUGGUCAGGCCAUUGCCCAGGUUCAGGCCUUUUAUGGAAGGAAACAAGGGCGGCAAACCCAUCGAGAACCGUUCCUCGAGGCCGUUGCAACCUGCCUCUCCAUGUCUAUGCAGGUCCUCAGUGACGAUGACGGCUCCCUCCGUACACUAGGCCUUGACAGACGACGAGAACUCUCCUACUGGGCCUUCGGGCAAUACGCAGGUGCGCUCAUGCGAAUGGAAAGCAUCAAGGGCGUGCACCGGUACACAAUGGUCGGAAGCUGCUAUGUUGAUGGCAUCAUGACUUGGGGCGACGAAGCGCAUGGCUGGGGAGAUAGCGCUGACGAUAUCGAGGAGCUGGAUUCGAAAUUGAGGCGAAGGCUUCACGCUCCUGAACUUGCUGAAGUCGCGUUUCUUCUCGUCUAA